AUGAAACAAAGAUUUUCCUCCAUAGACGUCAAAGUCAUCGCUCACGAGCUUCAGGAGAAUCUUGUGACCUUGCGACUGGCCAACGUGUACGACCUCUCUUCCAAGAUUCUGCUUCUCAAGUUUGCGAAGCCCGACAACAAGAAACAGCUCAUCAUCGACUCGGGAUUUCGAUGCCAUCUUACAGAUUUUACGCGCACGACAGCUGCGGCCCCCUCGGCCUUCGUCACAAGGCUGCGCAAGUUCCUUAAGACGAGGAGAUUGACCCAGGUCUCACAGAUCGGAACUGACAGAAUCCUCGAGUUCCAGUUUAGUGACGGCCAGUACCGCUUGUUUCUCGAAUUCUUUGCUAGCGGAAACGUCAUUUUGACCGACGCCGACCUCAAGAUUAUCACACUGCUGCGAAACGUUCCCGAAGGCGAAGGUCAGGAGCCACAAAGGGUCGGACUGACAUACUCGCUUGAGAAUCGACAAAACUUUAAUGGCGUUCCACCUCUGACAAAAGAGAGAAUACGAGAUGCGCUCAAGGCCUCGGUGGAGAAGAGCGCAGCGGCAGCCGCGGCGGGCAAGAAGAACAAGGCGAAGCCGGGAGACGAGUUGAGGAGAAGUCUUGCGACCACGAUCACGGAACUGCCCCCUAUCCUGGUGGAUCAUUCUUUCAAGACUACGGGUUUCGACGGCAACAAGAAGCCCGCUGAAAUCCUGGAAAACGAGACCUUGUUGGACGGCCUUUUAACAGCUUUGACAGAGGCACGAAGCAUUGUCCAGGACGCUACAAGUUCUGCCAAUGCCAAAGGCUACAUUUUUGCAAAGUACAGGAAUCAGGAACAGGAGUCAUCAACACAGGAAGGGGAGGAAACGAAGCGUUCGAAUCUGCUAUACGAAGAUUUCCACCCUUUCUUGCCUAACAAAUAUGCAAAUGAUUCUUCGAUCAAGGUCCUCGAAUUCGACACUUUCAACAAGACAGUAGAUGAGUUCUUCUCGUCGCUGGAGGGCCAGAAGCUUGAGUCGAGACUCUCCGAACGAGAGGCAGCAGCAAAGAAGAAGCUCGAUGCAGCCAGAACGGACCAGGCAAAGCGUAUUGAAGGCCUGCAGGAGGCCCAGUCGCUCAAUGUGCAGAAAGCCACGGCUAUCGAGACCAACGUUGAGCGUGUCCAAGAAGCUAUGGAUGCUGUCAAUGGUCUCCUUCAGCAGGGCAUGGACUGGGUCGACAUCAGCAAACUAAUUGAGCGAGAGCAGAAGCGCAAUAAUCCUGUCGCCGAGAUUAUUAAACUGCCUCUUAACCUUGCGGACAACAUGGUCACUCUGUUGCUUGGCGAAAACGAAGAUAUCGAAGAUGAUGACUCGAACUAUGAGACCGACUCAGACGCGUCGGACAGCGAGGAUGAAAAUUCCGACAACAAGCAGAAGACAACUAAGAGCUUGGAGGUGGAUGUCAACAUUGGAUUAUCACCUUGGGCCAACGCAAGAGAGUACUAUGAGCAGAAGCGGAGUGCAGCUAAGAAGGAGGAAAAAACCGUUCAGCAGUCGCAGGUUGCCCUGAAGAACGCCGAGCAAAAGAUCCAAGCCGAGUUGAAGAAGGGCUUGAAGCAAGAGAAGGCGGUACUGCAUCUUACUCGCAAGCAGAUCUGGUUUGAGAAGUUUAUUUGGUUUAUUUCAUCCGACGGAUACCUUGUUCUUGGUGGCAAGGACGCUCAACAGAACGAAAUGCUGUAUAAGCGUUACCUUCGUAAGGGCGAUGUCUAUGUUCAUGCGGACAUGCAUGGCGCCGCCACGGUCAUUAUUAAGAACACACCAAGUGACCCUGACGCGCCAAUUCCACCUUCAACAUUGGCGCAGGCUGGUACGCUUGCUGUCUGCAGCUCGAGCGCAUGGGACUCCAAGGCUGGCAUGGGUGCCUGGUGGGUGAAGGCCGACCAGGUGUCCAAGUCCGCACCGACAGGAGAGUAUCUCCCCACCGGAAGCUUCAUGGUCCGUGGCCAGAAGAACUUCUUGCCUCCUGCCCAACUGUUGUUGGGCAUUGGUAUCAUGUUUAAGAUCAGCGAGGAAAGCAAGGCAAGGCAUGUGAAGCACAGACUGUACGACGGUUUUGCUACCCCGGCCUCGGCAUCAGACAGCGCCGCUCAGGGUUCUGGAGCGGACGCCGCCCAAACUAAGGAUGAUGAGGUGGACGACGCUUCUGAUAUCGGCUCUGACGACGAUCAAGAGGACGAGAAGCCUCGAGACAAUCCUCUUCAGAGCCUUGGGCAACACGGGCAAGACGAAUCUGAGGAAAAGCUCGCAUCCGAGGAGCCGCCAACCGAUGAGGUGGAGAAGCUCAAACUCAACGAAGACAAGGCUGACGAAGCGGAUGAAACCUCUGCAAACGAACCUGCGAAAUCAUCUGAAGAAGAGAAAGAGGAGGAAGAGGAAGAGGGAGAGGAAGAAGAUGCCACUGGAACUUCUACGCCCGCGGAGCCUGGUGCUGUUCCCAGCUCCCAAGCCAGCACCGCAGCUACCGACAAGCAGCGACCUGCCAAACGAGGCCAAAAGGGCAAGGCAAAGAAGAUUGCGGCCAAGUACAAGUACCAAGAUGAAGAGGACAGAGAAGCGGCCGAGGCGUUGUACGGCUCUGCGCGCGGCAAGCAAAGAGCUGAAGCCGAGGCGCAAAACAAGGCACAGAGAGAAGCGGAACUAGCAGCUCAGAAAGAGCGUCGUAGAGCACAGCACCAGCGCCAGCAGAAGGAGAUUGCCGAGCACGAAGAGAUUCGCCGGCUGAUGAACGAGGAGGGUGUCGAGGUGCUUGACGCCGAAGAGAUGGGCAAGAUGACGCUGCUGGACAACCUCGUUGGCACGCCUCUCCCUGGAGAUGAGAUUCUGGAGGCCAUUCCCGUCUGCGCGCCUUGGAAUGCCAUGGGCAAGUUCAAGUACAAGGCCAAGCUCCAGCCGGGUGCGGUGAAGAAGGGCAAGGCGGUCAAGGAAGUGUUUGAGAAGUGGAAGGGAGACUCUUCGAAGAAGGGUGCCAUUGAUGAGCGAGCUCAGGAUAAGGAGAGGAUGUGGCCUCGGGAGGUUGAGCUGAUUAAGGCGCUCAAGGCCGAGGAGGCUUUCAACUGCGUUCCUGUGGGCAAGGUCAGGGUGAUGAUGGCUGGCGGUACGGGAGGUGCUGCCGGAGCCAAGGGCCAGCAGGGGAAGGGAGGUCGCGGUGGAAAGGGUUCCAAGAAGAAGUGA